AUGAGGGAGGGGUUGGCUAGUUUUUCCCUGACCACAUGGCACCUCCAUGGCGUCGUCUGGAUAUACACAUGCAUUCAUGAGUUGGGUCUCUGGAGGCCUUCUCGGGGUGGUGAAUGGGGUGUCUCGUUGGCGGCGAAAUUCGCCUUCUUCCCGCCGUCGCCGCCGACGUACAAGGUGAAGAAGCGCGGCGAUGGCAAGCUCGUGGCUGUCUCCGCGGCGCUGUCGGUGCCGCUGUCGAGCGCCGACGACAAUUCCCUUGAUGUCUUGUUGUUCAACAUCAAGAGAGGCAACAAGAUUGUUACGUUCUAUCUGAGAAACCCAUAUGCUCGCCUCACUCUGCUCUACUCCCACAGCAAUGCUGUUGAUCUGGGUCAGCUCUACGACCUCUUCCUUCAGCUCAAGGCUAAUCUCAGAUUCGAUCUUAUUGGAUUACUUUUGCUUGUUGUUCAGGUGUUAAACAGGUUGCAUGGUAGCAUUUAUCUGGUUCAAUAA